AUGGGCAGCAAUAGCAUAGCUAUAUCACAGCAAAUGUAUUUUAGCACACAUAAUGCUUUACGGAUAAAUGAGGAAAAUGAUGUGAUAAGUACUUUGUUUUAUGAAAUAAAUGGGCACCGACAUAUAAGUUUAUUAAUAUUUCCUUUUUAUGAUGUACAAAUGUUAAAAAGAUUGCUUAUAAAAAAACUCGAUUUGCCAGAUAUAAAAGUAAAUGAUAUAUUAAUAUUUUAUAAAGGAAUUAAAUUACCAAACUAUAGAAUAAUAAGCACUUAUUUAGAUAAUAGUAAUAGAGUAGAUAAUGUAAAAAAAAAAAAAAAAAAAAAAGUAAAUAAAUUAUAUUGGGCUAUAAAAGAUCCUAAUCCUAAUGCAUCUAUAAGAGUCAUAGAUAAUAAAAGUUAUCCUCCAUUUUUUGAAAAUAUUCUAAAUGAUAUUAAAUUAGCAUUUAAAAAAAAUAUAGCUCCAAAAUUAACAAUGGACGGAACAGGAGGUACAUAUUUAUUAUUUAACAGUAAAAAAAAAGUCUGUUCUGUUUUUAAGCCAGCCGAUGAAGAAGCAUUUUCCCCAUUUAAUCCAAGAGGCUAUGAAGGAAAAAUAUAUCAAGAGGGUUUUAGAGCCGGGGUUUUAUCAGGUGAAGGAGCAAGUAGAGAAAUAGCAGCUUAUAUACUUGAUAAUACAUAUAAUAAUUUUAGCAAUGUUCCAUGUACAAUUAUGGUAGAAGCUUGCAAUCCUCACUUUAAUAAUAAAAGCAAUCUUAAAUAUAUAUAUAACGAAAAUACUUUAAAAUGGAAAUGUGGUUCCUUACAAGAAUUUAUUGAUUCAAGAGAAAGUGUUGGAAAUUAUGAUCAUAAACAAUUUAGUAUUAGAGAUGUUCAUAAAAUUGGGAUUUUAGAUAUACGAGUAAUGAAUUUAGAUCGAAAUGAUGGAAAUAUAUUAGUAUCUCCAAUAAAAAGUUUGAAAGAUUGUUGCAACCAAUUUCUUUAUAGAAAUAAUAAACGUUUUAGCACAAAUGAUGAGGAUAUUCUCAAACGAAUAAUAACAAUAGAUCAAAAGCCAUCGAGGUAUAGUUUAAUUCCAAUCGACCAUGGGCUGAUAAUGCCACAUAUCAUGGAUGUUGCAGAAAUUGAUUUAGUAUGGUUUGGUUGGCCUCAAACAAAGAUUCCAUUUGAUAAUGAAGUGCUUGAGGUAAUUUUUUCAUUCGACCCUGAUAAAGAUGCUGAUAAAAUAAGAAACAAAUUAUUAAUCAGAGAAGAUUGUAUACGAACUAUGCGAGUAUGUACACGUCUACUUCAAAUUGGAGCUUGGAUGCAUCUAAAUUUGCACGAAAUUGCAAAAAUAAGUACCAGAAAAAAUAUAGACGAAGAAUCUAUACUCGAACGUUUGGUUCGUGACUCAAUCAUUCAGGCAUAUCAAAUGAUGGACUACACUUCUUUAAUGAGCACUAACAGAUUAGGAUAUAUUUUAGAUUUGGCUGAAAUAAAAAUAAAUAAAAAAAAAAAAAAUAGUAAAAAUAAAACAAUCGAACUAAUAGAUAGUAAUAAAACAAAGGAUGAAAAUUCAAAUGACAUUAAAAAAAAUACAAUUUCUCAAAAAGAAGAAGAAAAUUAUGAAACAAAUAAUAAUACCACUUAUGCUAAAAGUAAAUCUUUAGAUAUAAAAAAAAUCGAAAAUUCAUUUACAAUUGUUAGUUUUAAAGAUAUAAGAGACAAUAAAUCUUCCUCCAGUUUUACUCUAGUAAAUAAUAAUACUAAUCAAAAUGGAAACAAUUCUUAUGAUGAUAAACUAGAAACAUAUAACAUAAAUAUGAAUGACCAAAAGGGGGGGGAGUGUAAUAGUACAUAUAAAACGUUAAUACAGCAUCGAAGCGGUAGCAAGGAGAGUGGCAACAAAUUUAUACAUACCAAAAUUAACAAUAUAUCAAAUAGAGAGCAUGCAAGAGGAUACUAUUCGUUGUCUAAAGAUAAUAACAUAGAAGUACGAAAUGAUAACAUAGAAGUACGAAAUGAUAACAUAGAAGUGCGAAAUGAUAACAUAGAAGUGCGAAAUGAUAACAUAGAAAUGCGAAAUGAUAGCAUAAAUGAUCAGAAUAAAGAAAAAAAUAUAUCCGAAACAAACUCUUUUAGUAAUAAAAGCGAAUAUACAUUUGUAACUGCAACUUCUAAUUCGAAAAAAGAUGAUAAUAUUAAUAAAAGUUCUAAUGAUGUAGAACAAAAUAGUGAUGGGAGUAAAAAUUUGGGAGGAUCGAGUGAAAAUUUUGUAGGAAAUGUGGAUGAAGAAAAUGGUGCUAAAGUUGAGAAAAAAAUGAAAAAAAAAAAAAAAAAAAAAAAAAAAAAAAUAAAAAGUGAUGAAAAAGUGGAAAGUUAUCAAUCUGAUAAAAAGGAAAGCUCAUUUAACAUUAGUGACGAUAAUGACCAAAAUGUAGAAAAUGUAGAAAAUUCAAAUAAUUCAAAAAAUGAACGAAAUGUAGAAAAUGAAAAAAAUGAAAAAAAUACAAUCGAACACAAUCAACAAAACUUAAAUUCUUAUCAAGAUAAGGAAGAAGAAGAGGAAGAAGAAGAAGAGGAGGAAGAAGAGGAGGAAGAAGAGGAGGAAGAGGAGGAAGAAGAUGAUGAAAAUUAUGUACGUUUUAAAAAAACAACAGGUACAAUGAAAAGAAUAAGUGAAAAUACAGGAACAGCUUAUCGAAAUAUUGAAAUGAAUAAAAUAAAUUCAGUUUGGAUGAUUAAAGAUAAAAAUAAUAAAACUAUAAAUGUUAAAUGGGAAAAUAAAAUUUUUGAAAAACUUUUUUUUGAAACGUUUGAAAAUUAUGUAAAAAAAUAUAUAAACGAUUAUCAUCCAAAUUGGAGAGAAUACCAAUAUAACGGAUCAAAAGUUGUUAAUACAAAACAUUCAUACUUAAGCAGUGUUAAGCAGUGA